AGAGAGAGAGAGAGAGAGAGAGAGAGAGAGAUGGCAGAGAGCAAGGAAGACGUGAAGUAUGGAACAGCUCAGGCGAAACUAUCACCCGAGGAGACACUAAGGGUGGCAUACAAGUCUGGCACUCCACUUGAAGGGGGAAUGAUCUCUCGGUCGGAACCGGUCGAUCUCUUCUCCGGUGCUCACAAUAUUUCUGAAGCAAAUUCCGGCGAGUCUGGACGUGAUUCUUCCACUAAACAACAGCUGCACCACACGGGCGGUGGGGAUGAAAAAGAUUCAGAGCGUGGCCGUGCCCCUACCACGGCCCCUGCCGGUUGAGUUAUUCUACAUAGAGAGUACUCUAAGCUUCAGUUGAUAAGAAUAUUAUGUAGUUGGUGUAGUUUUCUUGUUGCUUUGUUUUUUGAUUUGUCACAAUAAAUGGAUGGUUUGGAUCUGAACUUA